GGUACACGUGCGAGGCUGUGACCGUGAGGGCUGGAACACAAGAGCGCCACAGACACACGCAGCCUCCCGACUGGUUCGAGUUCAGAACUUCAGAUACCGAAACCUCCAAGCCUCGCAUUGCAACGAACCCUUCCACAAUCGGGCUGCCCGCGAAUCCCGGCCUCCCCACCGGCGCGAAUCCAACCGCCUGGCCAUCGCAAUCUUCCCGCAAAACCCUAGGCCGAUGCGGCCGAUCCGGCUGCCCGAGCCCCCGGGCGUCGACGGCAUGGAGACGCCGGAGAUCUUCGCCGGCGACGGCGGCGGCGGCGUCAACGUCGUCCGCCGCGCCGUCCUCAUUGGCAACGGCUCCCCCGGCGCCGAGAACCAGUGCCUGGGCCUCGCCCGCGCCCUCGGCCUCGCCGACAACGUCACCCUCUACCGUGUCACGAGGCCGAGAGGAGGGAUCAACGGGUGGCUGCUUUUUCUCCCCGUUUCCCUACACAAGUUUAUAGACCAAGUGCUCAGGCAGUUCUUCCGCAACACGAGGUUUGCAUCAGUGGUACAGGGGAGGAAGCCGUAUCGCGUUCCAAAUGGUGGAUCCGUUGGGUUGUCUGCAGUUCUGGAAGCGGACGUCAAGAAGAUUGUGACCGUGGCUCGCGAUACAUUCGAGAAGGAAGGCCCAACAUUAGUUAUUGCUUGUGGCUGGGACACCAUAUCAUAUUCAAGCUUGAUAAGGAAAUCAGCUUCAGAUAAUGUGUUUGUCAUCCAGAUACAGCACCCCAGGUCUUGCCUUGAUAGGUUUGAUUUGGUGGUCACGCCUCGCCAUGACUACUAUGCUUUAACUGCUAGUGGACAACAAGAAGUUCCACGCCUGUUCCGGAGAUGGAUUACUCCACAGGAACCGCCUGGGAGCAAUGUGGUACUUACUGUUGGUGCACUACACCAAGCUGAUUCUGCUGCUCUACGUCUUGCUGCUAUAGCCUGGCAUGAUGAACUGGCCCCUUUGCCUAAACCAUUGCUAAUUGUCAACAUCGGGGGACCCACAAGCAAUUGUAAAUAUGGUGUAGACCUCGCCGAGCAGCUCAUAACCUCUCUGUAUAAUGUGCUAGACAGCUGUGGGAGUGUCAGAAUUUCAUUCUCUCGGAGAACACCACGGAAGGUCGCUGAUAUUGUAUUUAAAGAACUUGCUGGACAUCCUAAGAUCUAUAUUUGGGAUGGUGAAGAACCUAACCCUCAUAUCGGACAUCUCGCAUGGGCUGAUGCUUUUGUCAUAACAGCAGACUCGAUAAGUAUGUUAAGUGAGGCCUGUAGCACAGGGAAACCUGUUUAUGUUAUUGGGACCGAGCAUUGUAAAUGGAAGUUUUCAGCUUUUCACAAGACUCUACGGGAGCGAGGGAUUGUUCGCCCUUUCACUGGAUUGGAAGAUAUUUCAAAUAGCUGGAGCUACCCUCCCCUAAAUGAUGCCAUUGAAGUAGCUACUCGCGUUCGUGAAGUGAUUGCAGAACGAGGAUGGACAGUUGGGUGAUAGUGAUCAUAACUAGGCCUGUAUUAUUCCGUCAGCCUCUCUUCGGAUAUACGGUAAAUCAUAUAAUUUGGUUAACAUCACAUGGAUUCAGUUUAAAUGGUUCAGAGGAAGAACAAUAUAGCCAUGGAAUGGCCUGUACAAAAGCUGACCUUCUCUUUUGGUGGUAUACCCCAAUGUUUGAGUGAGUGCACAGCUCCCAGGAGAUGCCUUUUUGUUUUGACAACAUGUUGCCUUAUGUAAUUUUGACGCUGCUGAAAAGAAUUGGGGUAAAUAGAGUUGGAAAUGUGAAACUUCAAGCUGACUCGAGAGUCAUGUGACGUUAUGAGUGUUGUAUGCUUACGACUUUAUCCUGUUUGGUCAAUUCUUUUUCUUAUCAAAACUUACUGAUGCCUUUUUA